CACUAGUAUGUGAUGUUGAUGUGACGCAACAACUAUCAGCUGGUUUUGUUUUGCUUCAUUCCCUAUGCUCCGCUAGAAGUCGUAAAUGUACAAAAACUUGCGUUUUAAUUAAUUAAUGUGAGGCAGAAUAAUAGCUGAAGCGUUGGAGUAUAUUUGUCUUCCACUUUAUUCGGACCUUACAGUUUUUCUUCAGUAGGUCUCCGCUUUGCCACUAUCUUUCCAAGAGGUCCAACCGAUCCCAGGCCUCCGAUCCAGGGCGGAGGGAGGGAAGGAGGUCGUUGGGAAUCGGGAUCGGGAUGGAGACCGAGGAGGGAGCCGACGGUCCUGGCGGGCCGGGGCCGGGGCCGGGGCCGGGGCCGGGCCCGGGCCCGUGCUGCGUCUCCUUCAACCAGGACUCCACGUCUUUGGCUGUGGGCACCAAAACUGGAUACAAACUAUUCUCUGUGACCUCUGUGGACAAACUGGACUGCAUUCAUGAGAGUACAGAAACUCCAGACGUGUAUAUCGUGGAAAGGCUUUUCUCCAGCAGCCUGGUUGUGGUGGUGAGUCAGUCCAUGCCACGUCGCAUGAAUGUCUACCACUUCAAAAAGGGCACAGAGAUUUGCAACUACAGUUACUCGAACAACAUUCUUGCAGUGCGUCUCAACAGACAGAGACUGGUUGUCUGUCUGGAGGAAUCCAUUUAUAUCCACAAUAUAAAAGACAUGAAACUCCUGAAAACCCUUCUCAACACACCAUCCAACCCAUCAGGUCUCUGCGCUCUCUCCAUCAACCAUUCCAACUCUUUCCUGGCAUAUCCAGGCAGUGACACCAUCGGAGAAAUUAUUGUCUAUGAUGCCAACAAUCUGAGUACUGUGACCAUGAUUCCAGCUCAUGACAGUCCACUGGCCGCCAUCACCUUCAGUGCCUCAGGCACCAAACUGGCCAGUGCUUCUGAAAGGGGUACAGUGAUUCGAGUCUUCUCCAUUCCAGAGGGACUGCGCUUGUUUGAGUUCAGGCGGGGGAUGAAAAGGUAUGUCAACAUCAGCUCCCUUUCCUUCAGCCCGGAUGCUCAGUUCCUCUGUGCCUCAAGCAAUACAGAGACGGUGCACAUUUUCAAGCUUGAACAGCACAGCCCAAGUGGGGAGGAGGAAGCUCCCUCUUGGUCAACAUAUGUAGGUAAGAUGUUCACAGCAGCCAGUAGCUACCUCCCAGCACAGGUGUCAGGCAUGAUGAGUCAAGACCGAGCCUUCGCAACCGUCCGUCUCCAGAUGGGCGGUCAGAAGAAUGUCUGUGCCCUGGCAAUAAUCCAGAAACUUCCACGUUUGCUUGUGGCCUCCUCUGAUGGGCAGCUAUUCAUCUAUAACAUUGACCCUCAAGAUGGGGGUGAGUGCACUCUGGUGCAGAAGCACAGGUUGUUUGGAUCGGAUAAGGAGUGGGAGGAGACAGAGAAAUCUGAACUCACAGAGCCACCGCAAGCAUGCCAGUCAUAUGCUGCCACCGUGGCCAUCCCCACCUCUGGACCCGUUACAGCCACUCUCACAGGGUACUCCGAGGAUGGGGGAGCUAAGAAGGGCGAGGUGAUUCCCGAGCAUGAGUUCGCAGCAGGACCCGUGUGCCUGGACGACGAAACAGAAUUUCCUCCCAUAAAUUGGUGCCGUGACGGAUCUGGGCGAGGCAAGGGGAGACGACCGUGAGAGGGUAGAGAACAGGUGGAGGCCACAACUGUCAAUGGAGGAUCCUCCGUGCAUGAGCAAGGACAAACAAUGAUAAUAAUGAUAAAAAACAACAAACUAACUUCAGGGUGCUAAAUUAUUAACGGAACGGUUGAAAUGCUAAUAUCUUAAAUUGAGUUGAUCAGGGAUUUGGGUCGUUGUCACUCAAUCCCCUGAAGGGUGUGUUAUAAAUGAGGUGCAUGACUGAAAUAUAACCACAUAUUGUUCUAGUUAUGUAACACAUUGUAUUAAUUCAGUCGUAAUACUGUAGCAUUUUAUUCUUUUAAUUUAUAACACCAUCAUAUUGAAUCAUAAGAGAAGAGGAAUUACUUUUUUUAUAUAUAUGUGUUUUGCUGUAUUGAUACUUAAUAUGUUUACAUGUUACCAUCCUGAAUACUAAUACAGCGGGAUGUUUUGUAUGUAUGUGCCUAUAAUUUUACUUGUAAAAGUGCAAAGUAUUUUGCUGGAUCGCUCAAGACCAAAAGACAAAAAAAGAUAUGAAUAUGUAGGAAAUAUAUUAGGAAUGAAAUUAUGCAAAGCA